CAGAACCCCAUAUCGACGCUCCGCGAUUCCUUCGGCUUGGCCAUUUGGAGGGGAAGACUAAACAAGGCAGAGUUGGCGACGGUUUGCUCGGGCAUCGUGCCUUCAUGGCUCCUAAGCUUCUUGCUUGCACGGUCCGGCAUGACGAUUCCUCCAUGGUCCCAGCCCAAGUCAAGGCAUAGAACCGAUGAUUUUUUGCAACCUGGUAGAGCCAAGGGCCGGAAUAAACAGCUUAUAUAAGAAGGCUUCGUCCACCCAAAGGUUGUAAGUAUUGAAUCAUUUCCUAUAACUUCAACCAUGGUAAAAGUGUGUAUUCUUGGUCAACUACUUGGCCUGGCUUCUGUGGCAGUCACCCAGCAAGUAUACCUGGAGGCCAACGGGUCCACACCUCGACCAUGCACCAAGUGCAUUGAAGGCGAACCGCAGUACACCUUCACACCUUUUCAAUAUAGCAUGACCUCGACGGUGCGAUAUGCUACAUCUCGUCCCUCGCCAACAACUACCACAACCUAUGCUCCGCCAUCAGAGAGCUUGACUUCUCUCAUCGGUACUGUAUCCUAUACCACUUGGGGCAAAUGGAAUCCAACUGCAAACGCAACUGCAACAGACACGGCAGACCCAUAUGGAAACGCCGCUUGGACGGAGUUGUGGAGAAUGGCCAAUCCGCCCAACUUCACCCAAGAAGCCGCAAGCGCUCUUUACAGUACUACAGUCGAGCCGACCCCAGUGCCGACUGAGGAGCUAGUCCUGCCUCCGAGAGACUACUUCGGCCCGACCGACUGCUACAACUUUCCUCCUGGUUUUGAGUUUGGUGUUGCAAGUUCCGCCAGCCAAAUUGAAGGAGCUACGGCGGAGGAAGGAAAAGGUCCAUCCCUAAUGGAUAUCUUGGUCCAAGAUGACCGACCAAAGGACUAUGUCACCAACGAACACUACUACACCUACAAGCAGGACAUCGAGCGGGUUGCUGCCAUGGGUGUCAAGUACUUCUCUUUCAGCAUUGCCUGGACCAGGAUCUUGCCUUUUGCACUGCCCGGCACCCCGGUCAACCAACAAGCGAUUCAGCACUAUGAUGAUGUGAUCAACUAUAUCAUCGAGAAGGGAAUGGCUCCCGAAGUCACGCUUUUGCACUUCGAUACACCAUUGCAGUUUUAUGGCUCGAUUGAGAACGUCACUGCCUUACUCGCCGAGACAGAAAUUGGGUAUGUCAAUGGUGGAUACCAGAAUGAGACCUUCCCAGACGCCUUUGUCAACUACGCCAAACUUGUCAUGACACACUACGCUGAUCGUGUGCCGGUCUGGUAUACUUUCAACGAGCCUCUGCUUUACUCUGCAAACGGCAAAUCCAUCGAUCAUGUUAUCAAGUCGCACGCUCGUGUUUCCCAUUUCUACAAGGAAGAGCUGAAGGGUACCGGCAAGAUUGCUCUUAAAUUCAACAACAACUUUGGCGUGCCUCGCGACCCAAAGAGCGAAGCUGAUGUGUACGCUGCCGACCAUUUUAAUUCGUUCCAGCUGGGACCAUUCUGCAAUCCCAUCUUCCUAGGUCAAGAUUACCCCGAAUCCUACAAGAUGACCAUCACCGACUACGUCCCUUUGAGUCAACAAGACCUCGAAUACAUCAACGGAACUGCAGACUUCCUGGGCAUUGAUCCUUACACAGCUACAGUGAUUGCACCUCCAGAACCAGGUUCCAUCGAUAGUAUCAAGGCAUGCGCCAGCAACUCAUCAGCGGAACUACGACCCUACUGCGUCAAUCAGACCACCACGGACAUCUUUGGCUGGAACAUCGGCUAUCGCUCCCAAUCAUACGUCUACAUCACCCCCACCUACCUGCGCCUCUACCUGAACUACCUACACAACACCUUCCGCACCCCCGUCGUGCUCACCGAAUUCGGCUUCCCCGUUUUUGCCGAAGCAGAUAAGGAAAACCUCUCCGAUCAGUUGUUUGAUUCUCCCCGCAGUGUUUAUUACUUGAGCUUUAUGUCCGAAGUGCUAAAGGCGAUCUGGGAAGAUGGCGUGCAAGUGUUGGGAGCGUUCGCUUGGAGCUUUGCUGACAAUUGGGAGUUCGGCGACUACGAUCAGCACUUUGGAAUCCAGACUGUCAAUCGUACGACCCAGGAGAGGAACUACAAGAAGAGUUUCUUUGAUUUGGUGGAUUUCAUGAAGGCUAGAGGAGUAGAGUAGUUCUUUUUGUAUGCAGCCCCCCAUUUGCUGGAUUAGGUCACUCUUAGCCAUCUCUCGCGACUACAACUAAGGCCAUUCCGGCUAAAGGAAUGCACAAUGCUUUUUAGACCAG